UAAAACGUAGCUGAGCAGCGUCGCUCCCAGAUGAAGGCUAUACAGUAUUUAUGUAGGGCAGUGUCUAUGGUCGUGCUAUGGGGCUGUAAUCUGUGUACCACACAUUCAACAAGCGUGUGACUGCGCCAUGGAGGAAUCCUGCUAUCACUAUUGUACAGGAUCCGGACAGAGACUGAAGAUGGUGGUCCUAUCUAAAGAGCAUGGGUACGUGAUCCUGACCGGUGCAGCCAGCUUUGUUAUGGUGUCUCAUCUGGCUAUCAAUGUGUCAAAAGCUCGUAAGCAGUACAAAGUAGAGUAUCCCAGCCUGUACAGCGAUGAUCCAGAAAAUGGCAAAAUUUUCAACUGCAUCCAGCGGGCACAUCAAAAUACUUUAGAAGCAUACCCUGCUUUUCUCUUCUUCCUUGUUGCUGGAGGACUUACACAUCCGCGAGCUACUAGUGCACUGGGAGUUGCCUGGAUCGUUGGCAGGGAGCUGUAUGCUUCUGGAUACUCUACAGGGGAUCCAAAAAAACGUGCCCGAGGUGCCAUUGGUUCUGUUGCUCUACUCGGUCUCUUUGGCACUACUGUAUGCACUGCUUUCAAGCUACUCGGCUGGACAUUAAACCCAAAGACCUGGUGUUGAUUCGUCAAAAGUAGCGGAACAUGGGACCAGAUGUGUUCAUUUAAGAAGGCCAAUUAAAUUCAUGCUAAUCCCUGCCUUAUCUCUUUGCGCUAUGUGAGAUGGUUGGUAAGGGCCUAUGUAUCUUUUAAAAUAGGACACCUUAAUCUAAUUACCUUGUAUUUUCUAAAUAAAAUUUGUAAAACACUAAA